CAAGCGUUCACUCCCUCCAGAGGAGCGCACAGCUUUUUGAGGGAGCCAGUAGUGAGAGGAAAAAAUCCGGUCACUGUUUUGGUGCACUUUCAGAUGAGUUCUUCUAUCUGGUCAAAGACAUUGGCAUAGCUAACAGAUCAUUUUUCGUCAGUUUAAGGGAUGUUUUAGAGAGAAAUUGUCUCAAAGGGGCAUUUGGAGCGAGCAUUCUGAACCCUUAGAAUGCGGAGAGAUCAAGUCUCAGUAGUUUCUCGGUAUGAACGCAGCGCAGACGGACCCUUGGAAACUGCUUUCAUGGAUUGACUGAUUGAUUUGUAUUUGAUUUUCUUUUUUAUUUAUUUUUUCAGUAUCAGGGGAUUUUCCUGUGUCGUGGUUAAUCUAUUAUUUAUAAAGAACAGUGGAUUAUUACUCGGAGUCCAGGGUUCUUUUCCCGGAAUUGCGUCUUUAUUUUGGAGUUGAAUGAGGAUAUUGAUUAUUUUUACAGUUAGACUGCGCCUGGGUCAAGGAGCCGGAGAAGGGAAUUAUCCUUUCCCAACGUGGAAAUAUUAGCCUAACUGGAUCCCAACUCAUCUUUCUUGCCGCUGAGUCAAGUAUGAAGUCUGUCACUGUGUGGGUGUGCGUGCACGUCUUUCUUCUGCUCUUAGACCAGGCAGCCAGUUCCUGGGAUGGUCCCUCAGCUUUGCCCUUGUCCUUGGCCACCAGUUCUCCAGGCACCAGGACUGGGCCCAGAGCUCAGCCAGAAUGGGUAGACUGCAUCCAGGCGAGUGACAUGUGCAACCAGAACCCUUACUGCAGCUCUCGGUACCGGGUGAUGCGCCAGUGCCUUGUGGGUAAGGAGAAGGAAGCCAUGCUGGACAACAACAGGGAGUGCCAGGCUGCCAUGGAUGUGCUGCUGGUUAGUCCUUUGUAUGACUGCCGUUGCAAGAGGGGCAUGAAGAAGGAGCUGCAGUGUCUGCAGAACUACUGGGGAAUCCACAUGGGACUAGGUGGAGACAUGGAUGACCCAUCUCCGUAUGAACCUGUAGCACCACACCAUGACGCAUUCCGCUUGGCCUCCAUCUCCUCAGGGAUGCUUACAGUAGCCCCGAAAGGCUUCCACUGUCCUGAUGCUGAGAGAAACUGCAAUCCCUGUCUUGAUGCGGCCAAAGCCUGCAACCUCAACAGCAGCUGCAAGAAACAACGCUCUGCCUAUAUCGCUACCUGCAGCAAGGAGGACCCCAACAAGGGUGAAAGCUGCAGUAAGAAACGCUGCCACAAAGCGCUGAGACAGUUCCUGGACCGUGUGCCCACUGAGUUCAGCCACCGGCUGCUCUUCUGCCCCUGCCAGAGUGUGGGCUGCGCUGAGCGACGCAGGCAGACCAUCGUGCCUGAUUGCGCCUAUAAAGAUAAAGAGAAACCUAACUGCCUGGAACUACGGAGGGUCUGCCGCCAGGACUCUCUAUGCAGGUCUAGGCUGGCUGACUACAUGGUGAACUGUGUUAUGACUCAACACACAGUGAGCACCUGUCCCAACCAAGACAAUCACCAAGCCUGCUUGGCCUCCUAUGCAAGGCUCAUCGGGACAGACAUGACUCCCAACUAUGUUGACAGCAGCUUCGUCAACUGGACCAUCUCCCCAUGGUGCACUUGUAAAGGCAGUGGAAACCAAGAAGAGGAGUGUAUGAACUUCCUGCAGUACUUCACCAAUAACACAUGCUUAAGAAAUGCUAUUCAGGCCUUUGGUUAUGGGAUAGACACCAUGCAGAACAAAAAUGUGUCUGUCCCCGGGCCAUCUUUGAUGACGACGAUGAGGUCAGAUCGUUCCUCAGAACCUACCUUCACCAUCCCAGAGUAUCAUGAACCGAGAGGAGGUGGCCUGGACAACACCCUGCCAGGGGAUCACUCUGCCUGUCUACGUGCCAACGUCUGUGCUCUGUUUCCCGGCGUGGCUUUGGCUCUGGUCCUGGCCCAGCAUGCCUUAUAAACCCGCCAGGAGGAGAGAAAAAAAAGAGGUCAUCCACCCACAGGCUGAUCCCAAAAGCAGAAGGUGUUAUUUCUGAGACUGAUAUUAAGAAGGUUGAAUCUCUGGACAAACAUAAAUGGCACUUAUAAAAGAGGAAAAACUAAAGGAGGAGAGAGGUUGAAAAUAUUGAAAUUUUACAACUGUGAAUUUGUUGUUCAUUUGAUAUAGCGUUAGGGCAGCCCGCAGCUGUCAUGGAGCACACGGCUUUAGGAAGGACCCUUGGUAGGAGAGGCCAUGAAGGCCAUUCUAUAGAAAUGACUCUCCCUCUGACUCAGACCAAUCCUGGGGGACUGAAGCUGAUCAUGUCAAAGACUCCUGCGGUUUUCUCACCAAAAGGAGGGAGAGAGGGAAUGAACAACAUAAUUAAAAGAAGACAAGAUUGGCAGAGAAGGAAUUGUUAGAGAGAAAAGGCAUGAGCAUGUGGUAGAGUGAAAGCAAAAAAAAA